GAAUUUGUUUUCGACUCAUUUAACUUUCGUUCCUAUAAUUUAGACCUUUUUAUUUUUAUGUCUUUUUUUUUCUAUCCAGACCAACUUGAAUUUGAAGUGAGCUCUCAGGCAGAAGCAGUAGAGCUUUGUACUUUUACAGCCUGUACGAAAAAGUCCGACCACAAGAAGUUUAUACCUGUAUAUCAGUUCACGGAAGAUCACCUGCUACCUGGUUACCAAGACGACACUCUUGUCAAGUGUAUCCAGGCUCUAGCUAACCUGACCGUCCUCAUCAGAUGUUCCGUUACAAGUCUAAAGAGACCAGACACCUUCCCCAACUCUAGCAAACCGUAUCCAUUUAUUGAAAACCGAGGGAGUACAACACAUAUUAGACACUCCACUGGCUGGGUAUUAUACGUAGACAGAGCGCCACGCAGUCCGACCAGAGCCUGUCUGUGCGAUGCUUGUCGCCAGUCACCCACCCCAGCAACCAAGUUUGCAGAGAUUGAAAUACGCACAGCAGCACAUGGUGUCUACGACCGCACAGAGGCCGAGCAUACGACGUGCUACUUGUUCUUUGACAAGGGGACUUUGCCAGAUCUGGACAGCACAACGCUGGUAUCCUGCAGGAAAGCACAGGCAGAGCAUGAUUUCGAAAGUGACUACUGCGAUCUGACAUUCACCACCCAUGACAUGGAACUAGCAGAGAAGCUGGAGAAGAUGGUCUGCGAGUAUCGGUCCUUGCACGCUGCUGUCAAACACAAGUACCCCGACAAGGAGGACCAUAAACUGACAGUCAUAGUGUCUCAUCCUCACGGUUGCAGCAAACAUGUCUCGGUGGGUGAGUACGUGCAGGUGGAGUCAAUGGUAAACCGCGACAGUCUGACAAGGUACAUCUAUACUACAGCUUCGUGUCCGGGGUGCAGUGGGGCACCAGUGUUUGUGCUCAGUCGGGGCUGGCAAUGGCUGUGGUGUCAACAUCCACACAGUGGACAGUGGGACAAGGAGCUCGGGCUAAACUACAGUGGCUUUGCUCUAAAGUAA